AUGUCCGCCUCUGCCUUUGAGCUUCCGCCGCUUCCUUACGCUAUGGAUGCGCUUGCGCCGCACAUCUCGCAGGAGACGCUCGAGUAUCACUACGGCAAGCAUCACCAGGGCUACGUCAACAAGCUGAACAAGCAAAUUCCCGGGUCCGAGUACGAGGGCAAGUCGCUGGAGGAGAUCGUGACGAGUGCGAGCGGUGGUGUCUUCAACAACGCCGCCCAGGUGUGGAACCACUCGUUCUACUGGCAGUGCCUCAGCCCGAACGGCGGCGGGAAGCCCGUCGAUGGGCCCUUUGCUCAGGCUCUCGUCGAUGCUUUUGGCUCCAUCGACGCCUUUGUCGACGCAUACUCUCAGGCCAUCGCCACUGUCUUUGGCUCGGGCUGGGCCUGGCUGGUCAAGAAUCAGGACGGCAAGCUGGAGAUCGUCUGCACCAAGGACGCCGGCUGCCCCAUCACUGAUGGCCUCAUCCCCAUCCUCACCUGUGACGUCUGGGAGCACGCGUACUACAUCGACUACCGCAACUCGCGUCCCAACUACAUCGAGGCCUUCUGGCAGCUCGUCAACUGGGACUUUGCCGCCGCACAGUUUGCUGCAUGA